AUGGCCGUCCCAGCGCUCGAGGGUGCGCCUGUACUCUCGACGCCCGAUACACACAUCUUCGAAGACCCGACGCCGGUUGUAGAUCCCUCGAAUCUCCCUCGAUUAUCAGACGAGCAGGUUGCGCUCACGUACGAGAUUGAACGCACAGUCCGGGAAAUACGAGAGGGAAAAUGGAAGAGAAUCGCCCUGCAGUUUCCAGAUCAUAUGCUCAGCGAUGCACCGAGAGUGUAUGACCAAUUGGCUCGAGGACUUAAGAAGGAGCGAAAAGAGCAGAACAGUAGCGAACAAGAAAAGAACGGGCAAUCGCUGAACGGCACGACGGGGUCGACUGUUGAAGAAGAAUUGGCUACGGAUAUGAACAAGGCUAAGAUACAGGAUAAUGGGAACGUUGUCGAGGAAAAACUAUUCAUACUGGGAGAUACCUCAUACGGCGCGUGCUGCGUAGAUGAAGUGGCUGCAGAGCACGUCGACGCAGAUGUAGUCGUGCACUAUGGCCGCUCAUGCCUAUCACCGCCAUCAAGACUACCAGUCAUUUACGUUUUCACCGAGCGGUCGCUCGACAUCGACGCCACAAUCGCCACAAUCAAGGAAACCUACCCAGAAAAGGACAAGAAAAUAGUUCUCAUGGCAGACAUACCAUACUCCCACCACAUCCCAACUCUGCACCAACGCCUCCACUCAGACGGCUACAUAAACCACUACGCCACACAAAUCGUCCACAACCCCUCUUCCCCCCUCCCCAACCGCACCGUCCCCCAAGAAGUCCAAGAAAAAGGCGACGAAGCCCUCCGCGACUACGCCUUAUUCCACAUCUCCGACCCCCCUACAUCUCUCCUCCUCGCCCUCUCCUCCCGCGUCUCCUCAAUCCACAUCUACCCCACCACUUCAACUGCCACGUCCGCAUCCCUAGCCAGCACAUCGAAAACCCUAAACAGGCGCUACGCCCUCAUAACCUCCCUCGCUACAACCCCCAUCUUCGGCAUCCUAAUCAACACCCUCUCCGUAAAGAACUAUAUGCACAUCCUGUCGCACGUGCAACAGCAAAUCGCCGCCGCAGGCAAGAAAUCCUAUACUUUUGUCGUGGGCAAGGUCAACGCGGCCAAAGUGGCGAAUUUCAGUGAGGUAGGCGGAUGGGUGGUGAUUGGGUGCUGGGAGAGCAGUUUAAUCGAGAGUCGCGAUUUCUGGCGCCCGAUGAUUACGCCGUGGGAGCUUGGUGUUGCGCUCAAGGGCGAUGCGGAGAGGGUGUGGACGGGGGCUUGGGAGCCGGAUUUUCAAAAGGUGUUGGAUGAGGACCAGGAGAAAGGGGAGAAGGAGAUGACAAGUGGUGGAGGCGAUGGGGAAGAGAACGAAGGAAAGAAUGGUGCAGAGGACGAUUCAGAAGAGGAGUCCCAACCCCCAGAAUUCGAUCUUAGAACUGGGCAGUAUGUCUCGCAUGCGCGGCCGAUGCGAUCUGCUGCAGCGAGGAAUCCGGCCAAGGCUGUUGCGGAUGGGGAUGGUGCGGCUCCCGCUAGUUCUGCGCUGACGAAACGUGCGAAUGGCGAUAUUGUGGCCGUGGGUGGUGUGGCGUCGCCAGGUGCGGAGUAUUUGCGUUCAAAUCGUACAUGGCAGGGCUUGGGUAGUGAUUACCAGAAUGAAGAGGAUGGAGAAGAAGGCACGGGCGGUGCGAGGGCGGCGAAGAUGGAAGAAGGGAGGAGUGGGAUUGCGAGAGGGUACGUUGUUGGGGAUGAGGGAAGGAUACAUUGA